GAGAGGGCCAUCGCUCUACGUAUAUCUCCGCCAUGGAUUGAUUCAUGAAGAACCCCCUCCCCCCUUCUCCUCAAUGAACCAGCUACCACGUCCAGAUCCUUUUGAAUCACGCUUACGCUAAAAAUACCUUCUCAGCUUUCCGCCAUUUGUUUUCCCUCCUUUUUUUCUUCCGUCUUAUUCCCCUUCUUCGCUGUUCUUAUCUGUCGGUCGGAUUUGGGUUCAUUUUUUGACCGGGAAAGGUCUAAUUUGCACUGAUGGGAUGCGCCUGAGGCUGGUCGGGCAUUAGUCCGUUUGAAGGCAACUGCUGCGUGCGUUGAGUGAUGAGGAAGCGUGCUGAGCGGACACUGAAGGAGUUGUAUGAUCUCACGGAGAGGUUAUUGCAACCGGAGGCAUGUAAAGUUGUCGCCUUUGUUUCGUCUGGUUAGGAUCACACCUGUUCUGAAGGGUAGCUGUCGCAUUCAAGGGCCUGUGGAUGAUUUGGACCUGAAGGAUAUGCAGGGGACUGAUUCUGAUUUUACUGCUGUUAUUAUUCUCUCAUAUUUGGGAGCCUUCCAGGAUGAUAAGAAAUUUAUGUUUCCAAAAGACCUUAGUUCAAUGAGGAUUGAAUCUGGAACAUGCACUGUAUGCUCGGCUCCUUGUUCCUCAUGCAUGCACCAUAACAGAGAGAGUGGCGUUUCUUGUAACCUCUCUGUUAGGACAGAUGCUGACAGUUCUUCUGUUAGUAACGUGGAUGUGAUACCAAUUUACAAGAGCAGAACCUGUGAUGAUUUGCAGCCGGCAGCUAGUGAAGCUAGUAACUUAUUAAGUUCUACUUCAAGUCACGAUUCAUAUGGUGAGAAUUCCGAAAGCAAAACUAGUUUGAGGGCCUGUGCAGGAUAUGAUGCUUCUGAUGAUAUUGACAUGCCUCAAGUGUUUUCUGUUGAAGCCAGAAGAUGUGCAGAAAUAGAUAAUGUUGAAUGUUCAUUAGUUAUGGAAGGGAACUUGAAUUUGCAACCACAGGCAGAAAUAGAUAAUGUUAACUAUUCAUUGGCUUCUUCGUCUGGUGGAAAUUCUCCUGAAACCAAAUCUGGUCUCAUUUUAAACCAUGAAGUUUCUACAACUUGGACAAAAAGUGGAUUUUCUUCUGGGAUCUCAAAUAUUAAUGGUUUGUGUCAAGAUACCAGAUCGGGUACAGAUUGUAAAAAACCAUCUGAUAAUUGUUCUGAAGAUUGUCAUGUAAAUGAUCUUGAAAGGGAUGAUUCUGUGUUGGAUACAGUCAAAGGACAGAACCUGCAAAUGCAACCGCAAGCUUCCACUGUGGGUGAAAACUAUGAAUCAGAUGUUGCGUUGGAUGAUGUAAAAGUGUGUGAUAUUUGUGGAGAUGCUGGAAGGGAGGAUUAUCUUGCUACAUGCAGCAAGUGUAGUGAUGGUGCAGAGCAUACAUACUGCAUGCGAGAAAUGUUGGAUAAAGUUCCUGAGGGCGAGUGGCUAUGUGAAGAAUGCAAAAUCAAGGAAACUGAGAGUCAGAAUGCGAAUGAAUGUGAGGCAGCUUAUGGAAGGUUAAAAUCAAUAUGUCCUAAUGAUAUUAAUCAAGACUUUAUGAGUCCUUUGAUCCCCAUGCAAACAAACAAAUUUGAUGCUACACCAACUGAUUUGGAUGCCCGUGGAUCAGCCAAGGGAUUGCAAGGCCCCCAUAUUUCAAUUAGGAGGCCGGUUGACCCGUUGGUGGAAGGAAAAGCUUCUGAACUUAGUGGUGCUUCCAUAGAGAAAGCCAGCCCAGGGGAAAAACCUGUAUUGUCUCGCCAAAUUUCAUCAAAAAAACUGGAUAUGGGAAAGAUGAAAGCGGCUAGAAUGGAACCAUCAUCUGAAGCUCAGCUUGCAAAGGGUUCUGAGGCUUUUUCUUGCUCAAAAACUUAUUUAAAGUCUAGCUCGUUUAAGGGACUACCACCCCUUUAUUCACCUCGUGGGAGACUUUCAAGGUCAGUUUCUUUUAAUAACUCUAACGUGAAUCCAAAAGUCAAAACUCUAAUUGAAAAUGCACCUCCUAAGCAAAAAAUUACAAGGGAUCCCAAUGAAUUUAGGAAAGAAGGUUUGUUCAAAACAUCGACCAAACCUAUGUUUAAAAACAUAACCUCAGAAUGUUCAAAUACUGAUUUAGCAAGUAAAAAUCCACUGCUUCAGCCGUCUCGUACUGAAGAUUUAAGAGCCCUCAAAGAAGUUAAAGAUCGAAAUACAGUAGAAAAGAAGAAUUUUUCUGUAAAGGGAAACUCUUUUAUCAGGCCAUCUGCAGCCAUUACCAGCAAUUAUCCUCUUAAGGUUGAUGCUAAGUCUGUACAGAGUGAUGGAAUUAAGAAUAAUGUAUCUGACGCAAGUAUUUGUAGCUUAAGUGAAGGACUUAAUGCGGACAGCUUAGGUUCCAAUGAAGGGAAGAAACAGGUCUCAUAUUCGUCUAAGAAUAUUGAAUCUUCCAGUGGCAACUAUGAUGCUGACUAUCCCAAGGGGUUCAAAGUCACCACAGAAGCUUUGCGGAGGAGUAUCAGUUCUGUCGAUGGGUCAUAUAGAAAAGUCGAAAUCGUAUCACCACGUAGAGCUGUCCAACCAUUAGAGUCUGGCCAUAAAGACCGGAGAACAAGGGAUUCUACCAUUUUUAUUGGCUCAAAACUUUCUACCUUGGGUGAUAACGGGCGUACAAUUCAGUACAAACGUGGAGGAUCUGCUCGUAGGACUUCAGCUGACCAGAAUUCAAGGGGGGUGGAGAAAAAGGGUAAUAAAUGGAGAGAAGUGGUAAAUGCGGCUAUGACAAAGAGUGGAAUACUAAAGGGUGGAAAAUCUGAUACGCUUGUGGAGGUUCCAGCAAUCAGUGCAGAUAUGAUUUGUGAAGGAGCUUCAAAACACACUUCAAGUGCUUUUAAUCAAAGGUCUUUGGUUGUAGAAAACAACAUUGGUAAAGUCAGCUCAAAGAAUUCAGCUGAUGUUUCCACUAAAACAGUAGCUUCCAUAGGUUUGGCUCAACUGGCUGUCCUUCCUGUUAAGGCUUCUGGCAAAGCUGAUGGCACAAGGGACGCUCCUAAUGCUACUGAGUUGAGUGUGAAGUCAGUUGCAAAGACAUUGCAAGGCGAGGCUUCUCUUUUAACAAAACCAGGAUCAGCAGUUCCAAAGCUUGAAUGCAUCUGGCAAGGUAGUUUUAAUGUUAUUGGAACCGGAAACCACUCCAAAAUGUUCUUUGGGAUUCAGGCUCACCUAUCAACUUUUGCUUCCCCUAGAGUGUAUAAAUUAGCAACCAAGGUCCCUGGUAAUGUCCAAUUAGAGGAGGUUUCUCACAUUAGCUCAUGGCCUUUGCAGCUUCUACGAACUGGUCCUCAAGAUGAAAAUAUUGCUCUAUUUUUCUUCGCUAAAGAUGUUGAGAGUUACGACAGAAGCUAUAGAAAACUAAUGGAUAAGAUGCACAGAAAUGAUUUGGCCCUCAGAGGAAACAUUGAGGGAACUGAACUUCUUAUAUUCACUUCAAAUAAGUUGCCAAUGAACUCCCAACGUUGGAACAAGAUGCAUUACCUUUGGGGCAUGUUUAGAGGCAAGAGGAGAUAUUACUUACCUGUGAUGGGUGACCAGAAGAAGUCUUUGUUGUCCAAUCAAGAUUUUUUUGUACCACCCAUUGCAGAUGUUUCAAAUGUGCAGAGCUUAGAAACCAGUUCAAAAUUGAAGAAAUUAUCCGAUUUCAUAUCAUCCAAAGUGGUGUAUGGGGAGCAUACUAAUGGUGUGGAUUUGCCUCCUAUUUCUUCCAUUAUUGAGGAUAAGACACGCAAGACACCGGAAGUUUCUCCAGUUCAGAAUCUGUUGAGUGAAGUGCAUGCUGUUCCUAACGUAACUCAAGAAAAGCCUUCAUUUUCGGUUAGUAGUUCAUCUGGGACCAAAGCUGAGCCAUUGAGAGUUACUUCUGAUUAUCCUAACUCAAGGCUUCAAAUGACUACAACUAAUUCAUGCUCUGAAGAGAAAAACAAUGGUACUUAUCAGGAAAAAUUCGUCGGUGGUUGCACAAACAGAAAGGCUGGUAACUCAUAUGUUCUUACCUAUGAGACUGGUGUUGAAUCUAGCCUCAGAAAAGCACCAUCUGUGCCCUCAGUUUCUCCAAAUUGCAAUGAAGGUGCUGACUGCAUCAACAUCGAAGAAAACAGUGGAGAGAAAGAGACCUCACUGUCUGUUCGGGCCAUUAUAGAUGACGAUCAAAGAGGAAAUGUGCUUGGGGAAGACCUCGUUGGUUGUGAGUCGUCGACAGCCAACAGAAAACGGGAACGCUCGUGUUCUAUGGAGAGAAUUUCAGAACCUUCCGGUGAGAUAUCAAAGAAUACCAUUGAAACGGUGCUACUGAGAGAUGGACCAAGUUGGUUUCCUGUUGAGGAUGAAAGUGAGCAGAAGAAGACUUGUUAUAACAGUGGUAGUAGUGACAUCAACGAUACUACAACAAGCGCUCGGUUGUCCUCCAAGGUACACCCCUUGUAUUCUACCAUUAUAAGGCAGGAGCAACCGGUAGAAAGCCUCUGCAAAGAAACUUUGAAGCCUCAGAAUGUUAGAAACACAGAGAGGUGUUUUUUCCAAAUAGACUUAGGCCCUGUGCAGAACGGUAACUGCACCAACAUCAUACAAAUUCCUUCAAAAGAAGAAGAAAAUUUGCUUGAAUCAAGCAGUCCUGAUCUUGAAUUAGCUCUUGGGGGGAAGAGCAAACCAACAAAACUCUUUUCAUUUCCAUCGCUUUUCCAUUCAGUUGAUGGAGGCAAGCAAAACUGGCAACCUGGUUCUCCAGGGGAUGGUGAUGAUGCAUCAGCGUCUCUCUCUCUGUCUCUUUAGUCUUCCUGCAUCAGAGGAGAGCAUAGCUAAAAUGAUUUUAGAUGACAGAAUAUAUCUUAAUACUGGGCAACCUUGCAACAACACAGUUUGGUAGAUUCAGAAGCUAUUGAAAUGGAACUUCUGGGAGGCAAUACAUGCUUGAUAUGCUAUUGUUGAUCUCUGAGUUCUGAGGGAUGAUUUUAGAGCGCUUCCCAUUUGUUCAUAGCUGCACCUUCUACAAAAAUUCUUGUUUUUUUUUUUUCAACUUUUUUGCCGGCUGUUUUUUUACUGUUUGUUCUUGUUUUUAGAGUGGUUAGUAACGGCUACUUGUAUAUAUAUAUAUAAGAGGAAAGCCGAAGUUUUUCAGCGAGCAGUAUUUGCCUAUUUUUUUAA